UUGAUGAAAUAGAACAUCGAGCAAAUAUUUUAGAAAAAGCUAUGCUAGAACAAGAAGAGAUUAGAACAAAAGCUGAAGAAAAAAUUGAAGCAAUAAGUAUAACACAAGAAAAUAACAAAAAACAGUUAAAAAAUAAAAUUAAAAAAGAAGAAUCGUUCUGGAAAUAUUUAACUAAUUUCUUCACUUCUGCUUGUAAUGUUGAAAAUAAAGGUGGAAAUAUUAAAAAAAUUGAAAUAAAAAUUUCGAAAAAUUUUUUUAAAUUUUUUUAA